AUGUAUUCAAUGUAUUCCGGUAUAGGCAUUCGCCAUGAGAAGUCGACGGCACAUGCCAAAGCCGGUGGAAAAAUGUACUGUUCGUUGGGUUGCGGGUGUUUGUACUUUGAUUGGGAGCUUUUGAAUCUCCUCAAUGAGAGGCUGUCCAUUGCCCAAGUCUGGUUGGUUGAUCCCGCCUUCCGUGGCACCUCGGAUUCUGCCGAAGCUCGGGCCUUGACGGCGUUUGGACGCUGGUUUAGUGGUGCCUUUGACAUCUAUUGUUUCGCCAGUGCAAAGAAACUGACGAAGUGGGCUGCAGCCUUUCACCGCGGCCGUGCGCAUGUGGUGAUGCAGUGCGACAGUGUGCAGACUUUUCCCAUCCUCAAAGAUCGAGAUUUCUGCGAUGCUGUCCUGGAAGAUAACGCCAUAAAUCUCCAGAUUUUCAGCCAGCGGCUUCAGCGCCGCCGUCCCGGUCCCGGGCGCCGUCGUGGCCCCAUGCCUGUGGCGGCGGUGAGGAGCCUGCGGCGCUUCACGGGAGAGGAGGAGACAUUUGAAACUCUCCAGAGCGAUUACUGGCAGAAUGGCACCUUGCUUGGACGUGGGUGCCAGAUUUCUUGUCCUUCGCCGAAGAUCUGCAAGACAGCUGGAUUUCCGAGCUGGAGCAGCGAUAUCGAUGAGAAAGAUCGCAGCGGAUGGCACGUUUUCCCCGGCGCAGCUCUGAAUGUGUGCGGCAAAGACACCGUGCGAAGCGUGAAGGCCAAAGCGCAAAAAGCAUUGCAAAGGGAGGGAGAGACUGACAGUAAACGCAAAUUUUGCUGGGGCGAAACCUGCGAGAACAGCGUGCUCUAUGCCUUGGUCGGUAGACUUCGUUGGGAGCACGGCUUGUCAAGAUACCUGGCGAUGGUUCUGCUGUGGCUUGGGGCUCACCUUUCGCCGGAGGUGACACGAGUGAGGCCCUGUCACAGAUCUGAUGGCCCUGAUGGCACCGGGAGCAACAUCUUCUCCACUCGGGGUGCCUUUGCGGCAGUGGAUGAAGGUGGUGCAGUGGUGACUUGGGGUCAUGGAGCUUGUGGUGGCGAUAGCUCAGCAGUGACCGCGCAAUUGCAGGAAGGUGUCACCCAAGUGUACGCGAAUGACUCAGCAUUUGCAGCCCUGCGACGUGACAGAUCAGUCGUAGCAUGGGGAGCACCCAAUGCUGGUGGCAGUGCUGAAGAGGAGCUGACUGGAGUCAUCAAGGUCUUCUCUACAGAUGCGGCCUUUGCCGUGCUGCGGGCUGCUGGCGAGGUUUUUUGUUGGGGCGAUGCCCUUUACGGAGGAUGCUGUGGCGAUGUGAAGGCACAGCUCCAGGGGGUUUGUGAUGUGUCUUCAUCCGGUUCUGCUUUUUCAGCUCUCAGAGAUGAUGGCUCAGUGGUGUCGGGAACUUGGUCAUUGUGUGAUGUGUGGCUUUUUGAGGUAUCUUCACUUGUCCAGAGUGACCACCCGGCCAGAUCAUGCAAGAUUAACACGCAAACAACUUGUGGGUGA